GGAGCGGCAGCGGCGGCGGUAGCGGCAGCGGCAGCAGCGGCGGCGGCGGCGGCUGGGAAGCGGUCGUGACGGCGGCGACAGCGGCGGCGGCCACAUCGGAGACGAUGGCGCGGCUGGUGGCAGUGUGCAGAGACGGGGAGGAGGAGUUCCCCUUCGAGAGGAGGCAGAUUCCCCUCUACAUAGACGACACCCUCACGAUGGUGAUGGAAUUUCCUGAUAAUGUGCUAAAUCUUGAUGGGCAUCAGAAUAACGGUGCACAACUAAAGCAGUUCAUUCAGCGACAUAGCAUGCUUAAGCAGCAAGAUCUCAAUAUUGCCAUGAUGGUGACAUCGCGUGAAGUCUUGAGUGCACUUUCUCAGCUUGUCCCAUGUGUUGGUUGUCGUCGCAGUGUGGAGCGCCUCUUUUCCCAGCUUGUAGAGUCGGGAAAUCCUGCCCUUGAGCCUCUUACUGUAGGGCCCAAGGGAGUCCUUUCUGUUACUCGAAGCUGUAUGACUGAUGCAAAGAAGCUUUAUACGUUAUUUUAUGUGCAUGGGUCCAAACUAAAUGACAUGAUAGAUGCAAUUCCAAAAAGUAAGAAGAACAAGAGAUGUCAAUUGCACUCCUUAGAUACACACAAACCAAAACCUUUGGGUGAAGGGAGCAGUAACAGUGUCAGUUCAGAGAAGCUAAGUACAGAUAAGAAAAGUAGUGAAGACCACAGGAAGGACAGCAAGUGUAGGAUCAUUUUCCAUUAUGGACCUUUCCAGGGAACUGCCAGAGGUUGUUGGAUGGAUGUGUGGGAACUAAUGUCCCAGGAAUGCAGGGAUGAAGUAGUUUUAAUUGAUUCUAGUUGUCUUUUAGAAACAUUAGAAACCUAUCUGCGAAAACACAGGUUUUGUACUGACUGCAAAAAUAAAGUACUUCGAGCAUACAAUAUUCUUAUUGGUGAGCUUGAUUGCAGCAAAGAGAAGGGUUAUUGUGCUGCACUAUAUGAAGGCUUGCGGUGCUGUCCACAUGAACGACACAUACAUGUAUGCUGUGAAACAGAUUUCAUUGCACAUCUGUUGGGUCGAGCUGAGCCAGAGUUCGCAGGAGGGUAUGAGCGGAGGGAAAGGCAUGCUAAGACAAUAGACAUAGCCCAAGAAGAAGUUUUGACCUGCCUGGGUAUUCAUCUUUAUGAACGACUGCAUCGAAUCUGGCAAAAACUGCGGGCUGAAGAGCAGACAUGGCAGAUGCUUUUCUAUCUUGGUGUUGACGCUUUACGCAAGAGUUUUGAGAUGGCUGUGGAAAAAGUACAGGGUAUUAGCCGAUUAGAACAACUCUGUGAAGAGUUCUCAGAAGAAGAAAGAGUACGAGAACUCAAGCAAGAAAAGAAGCGCCAAAAAAGGAAGAAUAGGCGGAAAAAUAAGUGUGUAUGUGACAUUCCUGCCCCCUUGCAAACAGCAGAUGAAAAGGAAAUGAGCCAAGAAAAGGAGACAGGCUUUGUGGAAAACAGCUGCAAAGCCUGUGGCAGUACAGAAGAAGGUAACAGCUGCGUAGAAGUAAUUGUUACUAAUGAAAACACUUCCUGUACCUGUCCAAGUAGUGGCAAUCUUUUGGGAUCUCCUAAAAUAAAAAAAGGUUUAUCUCCACACUGUAAUGGUAGUGAUUGUGGAUACUCAUCUAGCAUGGAAGGGAGUGAGACAGGUUCUCGGGAGGGCUCAGAUGUAGCCUGCACUGAAGGCAUAUGUAACCAUGAUGAACAUGGUGAUGAUUCCUGUGUUCAUCACUGUGAUGACAAAGAGGAGGACGGCGAUAGCUGUGUGGAAUGUUGGGCUAAUUCUGAAGAGAAUAACAUAAAAGGAAAAAACAAAAAGAAGAAAAAGAAAAGCAAAAUGUUGAAGUGUGAUGAACAUAUCCAAAAGCUUGGAAGCUGUAUUACAGAUCCCAGUAAUCGAGAGACCUCAGGAAAUACCGUGCACACAGUGUUUCACCGUGACAAGACCAAAGAUUCGCAUGCUGAAAAUUGCUGCAGCUCGGAAAAGGGUGGGCAGCCACUGCCUUGGUUUGAACAUAGGAAAAACGUACCACAAUUUGCAGAACCUGCAGAAGCGUCACUCGGUCCUGACUCUGGAAAAGGUGCCAAGAGCUUAGUUGAACUCCUUGAUGAGUCUGAAUGCACUUCAGAUGAGGAAAUCUUUAUCUCACAAGAUGAAAUACAGUCAUUUAUGGCAAACAACCAGUCUUUCUACAGCAAUAGAGAACAGUACCGACAACAUCUGAAGGAGAAAUUUAAUAAAUACUGCCGCUUAAAUGAUCACAAGAGGCCCAUUUGUAGUGGCUGGUUGACAACGGCCGGAGCAAACUAAAAUAAAUAAAAUAGCUCUGUCUUUCAUUGAAACACUCAAGAUGACUACUGCGCCUUCUCUUUCAAAAACUCUUAAUUUAGUGACUUUUGGCAGAAUUUUAUCUUAAAUCAAUGUGAUUCUUUUCUCUUUUUUGUUUUCGGGGACGUUGGUGGAGGUAACUUCAUUAAUUUGUUCUUUCUUCAGGCUUGUAUGUUUAGUUGAGUAGCUGUGCAAGCCUGCCUUAUAAUUUAAGCCAUCUCUUUUCAUUAAAUGUUUCUCUUACUGUGAGACUUACAAAAGCAACUUAGUGGCAAAAAGUAAUGUUGUACUUAUAAUUCUGUACAGAAAUGAUGAGCUGAAUAUAAGGUUUUACAAAGUAGACAUCCACUUGCAAAAAAAAUGUUUGGAUGUAAUAUGUUAAAGCGCAAUGUGCAAAAUUUAAAAAUAAAGAAUAUUUAUUAAUACGCAUAGUACAA